UACCAAAUGAUUCGUACGAAAUACUUUACGAGAAGUGCAGAUUACAAACAAGCCGAGACAAUGUAAACUUAGGAGAUAAGAUUAGCGGGAGUCGGACCUAAAUAUCGCCGCUUUAUCGUUGCCAAUGGCUGCACAGAGCGUACCCAUCCAGAAGGCUUUAACACCGAUGCUACCUACCCACUAUUACUUGCAUUUUCCAAAUAUGCGAGAUAAUCCAGCGGCUUUUACGAGAGUAAGCGCCUAGUAACUACGUCGAGCGGGUGACACAUCGUCCAUCCAAGAGUAUACACCGUUACACUCAAUUACUUCUCAAUUUGUUACUUACCUACACUUGAAUGGGAAACAGAUAUCUCGGCAGGUAUCGUGUUACGCAACUUACAAUGGACCCUGUAGGCGUGCCUAGGCAAGUAUAGGAAUGCGGGGCUUCAGCUCCCUUCCGCUCUUCCUAGGCCCAAGCCCCAAAGCCACUUAUAUGCCGGGAGAAUAUCACCUCUCUGUUCUCCGCUUCCCAGCGCUGCGAUAUUUAAACCAGAUACUUUCGCUCCAAAGAACGGACUAUAGCCAUCGCUAACCUACCCACACUCAUCUAAUACUCGUAUCAUACUCUGAACUUUCUGUGCUCUCCUAAUUCAGCAUACCAACAAAUAAGCACCCCUUAACACAGACAACUCCGGACCUCGGAAAUUGGAUAAAAAUGGUGGCAGUCGUAUCCGUCGCCUACAAAGCAGGCGGCACGUUCGAUAUGGACUACUACCUCAAAACCCACAUGCCCCUCGUCCAAAAGACCUGGGCCAGCUUCGGCCUCAAGAGCUGGAAGGUAGCCCAGUACACCAGCCCCGACUCCAUCUACGCCGUCCAGGCGUGGCUCGAGUUCGACGACCUAUCUCAGUGGGAGAAGGCUACCGCGGCGCCCGAGGCUGCUGCGGUCUUUGCCGACAUCCCCAACUUCUCCAGUGUGGGGCCCGACAAGCUGCUUGGCACACUUACGGGAUCUGCGACUUGCUGAGACAUCGUGACGUGUUGAUCUCAUCGAUGGCGGGGGUGUUUAGGCCCUUGCGUGGGAAUCGUUAGCGAGCCUGUCGAUGUCGAAGCUAGUGUGAUGCUUUUUGGGCCGCACGAGGGGAGGUGGAUAUCAAGAUACGACCUCUCAUGUAUUAGUAUCACAUUAUACAAUCCUUCGAAAAGAUAUUUAUGGCAUUUGGUCAAUAUUAAUCUUAUAGCAUCUCGAUAUAUUCGCAAUAUAUGGAAAGAAAGUGAGAUCGGGCCUAAAAAUGGUCAUGAAUUGAAGCCGUUUAACACCACUCACUUGAAGGAUGCCAGGUCGCCCACAAAAGUCCCUUAAGUUAACAUCAUAUGAUCAGAUAUUUAUUCACAUAGAACAAAUCUUGAUACUCUAUAUAACAUGUCGCAUUCGCAU